ACCUAACUAAUUGACAAUCGUCAGUGCGAUCACGUGACCAAAAGAAGCGUCCGAUUGGUUAAAACAUUGCGUUUAGUUCAAGUAGUUCAAACCCCCAAGGUUUUUUCUGGCCCCCUCCAUACGAAUAGUGCAAAUAAUUUGACUAAAACCGACCUAACCUCAAUUAAAAUGUAUCUUGCGGGUGUUUAGCAAUUUCUCGUUUUUUUUGAAGAAAUGCAUUUACUAUGAACCGCGUUUUAACUGAGGAACUUGCUAUUGCUUCUUGCCUUAAUACAAACUAAUUGUCUAUUUUAUUAUAUGAAGCAUUGCGGUCAUGGUUUUCUUAUGCAGGCUUAUGGGGACCUUUAGAAGGAGCCUGGGCGUGCGGGGCCCUUUUUCAAAAUCGUCUAGGCUUUGUGACAAGAAGCGGUACUGCCAAGCAGCUACAGAACAGUUGACUGGAACGUUUACACCGUUCAUGGAAAUGCUGCAAAAUAGAAGAAUGGAAGCAUCUAGGAGCGUUUUAGUGCAAGUACAAUCAGCUCAAUCCUACAAACAGCUUUUUACUUACUGCGAGUCCAUGGGUAAAGUAAAAUGCAUGUUUCAUUACACUGAAGGACCAGAGCCUAUGCACUUUAUAAUUGUUGAGUUUGAAUCGGAAUCGGACGUAGCAAACGUUCUGAGAUCGAGUAGUCACAUUCAAGAAAAUCACAGCGUUCCAGUAGCGUCGCAAUUUUUAUGGUUUCGAGCUGCUAGUAAGAAAUUCGGCACACUGAAGGCGAGCGCGCAGGCGAAAUUGACCCUAGAAAAUGGGACUGAUGUUAGAAAUGAAAACGAUUUGAAAGCAGCAUUACUUCGAUGCAAUACAGUUUCAGAACAAAUUGAGCAACUCCAUAGUUUAACCAAGCUAAACGAUGUCGGACAUAGACUAAGAUUUUUAACUGCAAAACAGGUGGAAACGACCAUAUCUGGAAUGUUUCCCAGAAUAUGCGCCUUUCCAUUCGGAUCGUCUGUCAAUGGAUUUGGGAAAAUGGGAUGCGACUUGGACAUCGUUCUUAGGCUUACGCAGGAUAGGGAAAAUGAUAACAGUAGACUGAUUUAUCAUUGUAAAGCUGCUUCUGGAUCUGAACGAUCGACGAACCAGAGGAACAUGGAAACCAUCGGAGACUUAAUUCACUUGUUUUUGCCAGGGUGUAAUCAAGUUCGAAGAAUUUUGCAAGCCCGAGUACCAAUUAUUAAGUACUAUCAACAUCUGACAAACGUUGAAUGCGAUCUAUCGAUGUCGAAUAUGACUGGCAUAUACAUGUCUGAUUUCCUGUACAUGAUGGGAGAAAUUGAUCCCAGGGUUAGACCAUUGGUUUUCGCCAUCAGAAAAUGGGCCAAGGAGGUAAACCUGACUAAUUCCUCGCCGGGAAGAUGGAUAACCAACUUUUCUCUCACACUGUUAGUUUUAGCUUUUUUGCAAAAACCGUUGCAAUCGCCCCCAAUAUUGCCAACGCUGAAUCGGCUGGCGAAAUUAGCGGGGCCAAAUGACUAUUAUGUAACUGAAGAUGGAAUAGAUUGCACUUUUUUAAGAGAUAUUACCAAGCUGAAGUUCCAAACACAAAACACCAGUUCCCUUGAGGUGUUAUUGCGCGAAUUUUUCGAAUACUAUGCACAGUUUGAUUUCGGAGCCAAAGCCAUCUGCCUAAACGAAGCGGUGGCGAUUUCGAAGCCCGAACACAGUCCGUUGUACAUUGUAAAUCCCAUAGAAAAAGGGCUGAAUGUUAGCAAAAAUGUGAGCAUCGAAGAGGUGGAAAAGUUUAAGAUAGAAGUUCGGAACGCCGCUUGGAUCCUGGAGUCCAAGGAAAGAAACUAUGAAAGUACCGGGCUUAUUGCUAUACUUGAUUCAAAAGAUCACAUAAAGAAUAAGCUACCUUUUGUAUUAUCGGCCAAAAAUAAUAGACUGAUGGAAAUCAGCGAACUGUUCGACGAGGAAGAGAGGAAUAGUGAUCCAAAUGUUGAGUAUAAAAACGAUGAAGUAAAAAAGCAGGUUCGGGCUAUUAAAAAGAAAACGACAGAAACCAUAAAAUCGUUACAAUUCAAGCACACGAGGCAAAAAAGAAGGUAGCAGAACUGAAUGUGUGUAUUUCAAUUUUGAAUUAAAGUGAACAUUUUUUUUGU